CCGGCAUUACAUCAGAAUAGCCAACAGUUAGAAAAAUUGACAGUGACAGAAAAACAAUGAAUGUUUACUUACGUGUCAAAUUUAUCUUGUCAUAAAAAUAGUAAAAAAAUAUUCAUAAAUUUGAAAUUAACUCAACCAAUACUUCAAUGAUUUGAAUUAAAUUUAUCACAAUGUCGUGGUUCGCGGACCUCGCCGGGAGAGCGGAGACCCUACUGACGAACCUGGAUGAGCAGACCGGCGCGGCUCUGCGCAACCACAACGUAGUAAAGCCCAAGAAACUCGACAAGCACGAUUAUGGUCUCAUCAAGGAGCCGCCUUGGGCGCAGAAAAAGCGUCCGACAGCGCGUAACUUGAAAAAAGUAUCAAUAGCCACGGAGACGAAAUCCAGUAACUUCGUACCAACCAGAAAGUCGUCUCCUACUUCUCACGCCUCAGCUCGUCAGUCAAGAUCGCCCGUCAAGGACACUUUAGAAUAUAUCAGCCGACCCGCUAGUAAGAAAUCCCCAAUGAGAAAUCCAAUAAACCAAUACAGUUUAGAACAAUGCCCAAAAACACUAGUGGGAGAUUUAAUAGACAAUGAAGUAGAAGACCAGUAUUGUUUGAAGCAGCGUCGAUUUAGUUUACCAGCAGAUUUAGAGUUACUAAGCAGUCAUGAAGUGACUUACAAAAUGCAAAAUUUGGAAAUUGAAAAUGCAAUGUUGAAAAAUGAACUCAAUGUGAUGAAUAGAGAAGUAUCAGAGUUGCUUGACCGUCUGAGGAAGACAGAGGAUGGUAAUAUUGUACAUGAUGACCUUAAAUUAAACAAGAAGCAGUUACAAUUGGAUAGUACAGAACUUCAAAACAAGAAACUUGCCUUAGAUAUGGAAGCACAAAACUCACAGCUUGUUCAAUUGAAGCACAAAAUCUAUGAGAUUACAAAUAAUGAGAUUAUGAGGCAUAAAGCAGAAAGUGAUACAAUGGAGACUGAGAUUGGUCUACUGAAAGAACAAAAUGAAGAUUUGGAAGAAAAAUUAAAGCAAAUUACUGAGGCACUCAACGAAAAAAAAUCUGCACAAAUUAAAUUAGAAAACGACUUGCGGCAUUCACAAUCCGCUAUUAGCGAACUUCAGAUGAACUUAGAAAAGUCCACAGCGGAAUGCCGUCGAUUAGAGAAAGACUGGGAGGCGUAUAAAUUGAGGGUGAAAGGGAUGUUAUUUGCCAAAGACAAUGAAAUUAAAGCGUUACAAGAUGGCGUCACCGUGACGGAAGACACUAAAAGUUUGAUGGAACAGUUGGAAAAGCUGAAGGAAGAGCGUGACGUUCUAUCAGAAUCGGUAUCGCGUGUACAAAGCGAAUAUGAGGACCUCAAACAGCAUGUUGAUCAAUUGGAAACUAGGCACACAUCUGCUGAAAGAGUGGUCGGUGCCUUAAGGGAAGCAUUGAAAGAUGAGAGAGCUGCCAAUAACAGGGCCGAAGCACAAUACUUGGAACUGGGAAAGGAGAUGAAAGCGUUACAAAUUGAGACUGGCCAGACGAUCGCCAGUUUACGUUCAGCGUUGCGAGAUAAAGAGAGCGAAAUAAACCAAUUACGAAAAACCUCCUCGGUUCAAAUGUCAGAUACGAGUGCCCUGAACGUAGCAGAUUAUGACGUCACGCAGGAGUCCAUAGACAACGACCGAGUUCAUUAUCUGACUGAGGCUCUGGUGCAGAAACAAGGCAAAAUUGACAGUCUAUUAGCCGAUAACAACAUACUGAAAAUACAAUUGGAGAAGUUGGAGACGAAAUACAAGACGGAGUUGCUUUCGUCGCAAGCGCACAAGAACCACGUGGUCCAUUUGCAAGACAACGAGCGUCGUACGCGCAGUCACGCUACAGUGUCGCCGCUGUCCGGAAUGUCGGUGAAACUGGGAGUUAUGAUGAAACGAAACCCGGUGUUUAGGAUGUUCAUUGUGGUUUAUAUGAUCGGUCUUCAUCUUUGGGUUCUUACAGUACUUUUGACCAGUACACCAGACGGCCACAUGACGCGCAAUGUAAAGACGUGAGGCAAAUUUUAGUCAGUAAUCAAAUACGAAAAAUUCUGUUUACAAAUAAUAAACGUUCUUAUUUUCUAAGGUUUAUGUUUGCAAUUCAAUUGGUUAGGGUCGUCGUUCGGAGAAAAUUGAUUUUUCUUUGAAUUUAAUAUUACUUUAGAACUAAAUAAAUAUUUAACAGGUUCUUAUGUAACAAUAUUUUUUUGGCAAAUGACACAUCAUAGCUACAGAUAAUGCAAGCACGGCUAAAAAUUACCUCUUUUCACCGAAAUGCAAUAAUUCUUUGUAAAAAAUGUAGGAAAUAAGUUAUUCAAAUUUGGCGAUGUGUUAUUAUUUGUAAACAUAAUUAACUAAAAUAAAUUUAAGCAUAAUUUUAAUGACAGAUGUCACAAUGACAAUAGAAGAAAAAAUAUUUAGACACGACAAUAUUACCAGUGAAAAUUUUAAAAUGCACACUUUUACAUUUAUUUUUGUAUGGAUAUUUUUUUAAUAAUUUUGUAGGUUUUCACUACUUCACUUACACCAGACUCUGUCAUAAUAGUUCUAGGCCUUAGUAUUAUCUUAAUGUUGAAGAAAAAUAAGCGCAAAACAAAGCAAUAAGCUGCAAAUUCCAAUAUCAUUAAGUAAUCAGAGUGUGAAAUUUAGUUUGAGAUUAUUUUUGUGAGUAUUUUGGUGCUAGAGGUUUUGUAUAUAACAUUUUAUUAUUAAUGUAUAAAUUGUAUAUAAACUUUGAAAAGCAAGCGAAUCUCCUUAUUCGUCACGAAGCCAUGGUAUGUACCUUUGUAGAAUUUGUAAUUGCCAACCUGAAAUAAUAAAUUGUUAUGUAUUUUGUAAUUCUAUUUUUUUAUUGGUAACUUUGUUUGAUUUUAUCAGCAAAAGUUUUUGUUAGCUUUAAACUAAAUAAAAGUAGCUAGUUUAUAGAAAACAAAAAAUUAAUAACGGGUAUAUUAUUGGUUGUCAUUUUCAACCUGAAUUAUGAAUAAGAUGUUAUGUAUUAUUUCAUCGUAUUCUUUAUUGGCUAGCAAUACAAUUUUAUUUGAUUAGCAAACUAACAUUAUUUCAUACAUAAAUUUAUUUUUAUUAAUUAAUAUUUGAUCAAAAUUUUAUUGCUGGUUAUUCUAUGAUUUUGUAUUGUAUGUCAGUAAUUAUGGCCAGUUUAAAAAUUGUUUUUCUUUGUUGGAUGAAAUUGUGGGUUAUGACAAAUAAAAU